AUGGCUCCACAAAAGGAUGAUGAUAAAGAUAAGGUUUUUGGCCCUUUAAAGGAAAAAUGGUUAAAGGAAAAAGAAUCUACAUGGGGGAAAGGGAAGCCCGCGGAGACUCAAUUAAUGGCAAAAAUGAAGGAGCUCUUUAAUGAAAUUCUUGCAGUAAUGAAUAUUGAUGAGUAUAAGGAUACUGCUCAGGCAGGUUGUGCAGGUAUUCGAAUAGGAAAAAGGGAGAUAAUGGCUGAAGAAAUGGACGUGUGUACCUUCAUUGUGAAGAAUUUGUGGAAUAUGAAGAAAAUAAGGAAAGGUCAAUGCGAAGAGAAAAAUAUGGAAGAAGAAAUGAAAGAACACUUAUACUGCGCAAUGAUGAAAGCGUGGUCUUAUUUGUACCUACAAGAUCACUGCGAUAGAACAGAUGCUGUAUGGAAUGCAUUUAGUGAAAUGAAGAAUUUCAGCAAGGUUAUUUAUCCUGAUGGGAAAUGUAAAGAAUGUGUGUAUGGGCUGUUGGAGCCUAUGAAUGUAUUGGGACAGCCAAUGUUAGCAACUAUUCUUGAUCUUAUAAGGAGUAAGAGAGAUGUUAUGACAUUAAUAGAUAAAGUACCAAAAAAAAAAUGUCCACCACCAAAACCGAACAAUGUUCUACCACAACAGUCACAACUACCGUCAGCAACAGGUCCAACAGGGUCAACAGGGAAUGGUGAUAAUGCAGCACGUAGUGCAGAACCUGCAACAAAUGGUGCAACUAGCACAGAUUCUGGACGUGGUGAGGGAGACUUUUUAUUAAUUCUCGGUCCAGAUAAUCCCACAGUAACAAUAGCUCGUGCUCCAAGUGGCAGAUCAAGUAAAAAUGAAGAUGCUGUAGUUCUUACAUUCAGUGGAGGGGGACCUCCUGCAACAGUCCAACCUGCCACAGUCAGUUCAUCACCAUCCUCAGGUGGUGGCACCACCUGCAAGAACAGUGAAUUACAGAAGCGCUUAAAGGAAGUAACAGAUAAAUGGUUCACCAACAGGGGGCGCGAUCCAACGCAGCAGAUACAUUGGGAUAGAUUUUGGAAUACUGACGUGAAGGAGAAAUUAUUGAAUGAACUGUCUCAAGCUAUGACCAAGAAUGGCCAAACUGAUAGUAACCUGUGUAGUGCCAUGAAAGGGGCAAACAAAGCAGCAUGUAAUUACUUUGUUAGUGGUUUAGAACAUAUAUAUAAAAUUGAAAAGGGGGCUCACGGCAAUGAUCAACAAAUGAAGGAGGAUAACCUAAUAUUCCAUCGAACUGCGUCAUGCCUCCUACUGAACGCUUAUGCCGAUAAAUUGAAGGAACUGGCAGAGAAGAAGGACCCCCCCUGUAACAUAGACAAUGGAAUAAAGCAUGCCUUUGAUGACAACAAGAACAUUUGGAAAUCUGCAUGUACAGGCGGUGGCUGUGUUCAAUGUAAAAGGGAACCAAAUUUGAAAUGCAAAAUAAACAAAGAAGAAGUAAAGGACAGGGUGAAUAAAAUGCUCAAAGAGAAGGAAAGUGAAAUACAACAAACUCUAACUAACAUAUGUUCAAAACCACCUGUUCCACCCUCCAAAACCACAUCCCAAGCAACAAGUACCAAGGAUUGUAAGGACGGUGAUACUAAUUGUUUGAAUCAGAAGGUCAACCAAAUGUUCCAAUCCCGAUGGGAAAUAUUUUUCAUGGGAAAUGGAACAUGCAUUCCACUCCAUGGUGCAACGAAUGAUCAAGUGUAUGGCCUGUUUCAAGAAUUCAAUAGGGAACUAAAUGAGAAGGAUCAGGAGGAUGGUUAUACAGCCGUUUGCGACGAAGUCGUACAAGGUCACGGCGUCACCCAGAAGGAACUUCACAAUUGUUUUUGUAAAAUUCUUAUGAGAAAUUUACGAAAAGUAACGUCAAAUGAUAGUACCUACAACUAUAAGAACACAACGUGGAAAGUGCACACCAUGAAACCGAAUGGACCAUGUGAUCUUUUGAAUUUAUGGCUAGUUCUAUAUGGAUCAAAGUAUGAUAUAAGCAAAGAGAAUAUUGAAUAUGCAUUCAAAGCAAUAACUAAUUUAAACAAGGAAUUUCCCGAAAAUAAAUAUGAGGAUUGUGUAUAUACUGGAAAUUUUUCAGUAAACGAAGCGAAGGAAGGUGUUGGUUACAGGGAGAUUUAUAAAUGGUUUCUGAAUUAUGACAGUGAAAACAAAAUGUGGGCAAUAAGUAACGAGAAUGCGUGCAAGAGAAAAGACGGCAAAAUCAAUGGACACCCUAAAAUCAUAAAGGGGCCAGUAGAAGACGCAAGUGAAAACUUGAAAACCAAAGCAGAGAUCGUUAUUAAAGAAAUAGAAGAUGGGCGUCUUGUAAUUCAAGCAGUUGACGAGGAAUUAAAUUCCACUAAAUCACCACCCCCCACGUCCACUUCCACUGGUUCGAAUUGUUCCAAUAUAAAAAUUGAAGGACUUGAGCAUGGUGAAGAAGGUAUAAAAUGA